AUGGAGUCGCUCUCUUAUGAGUACUUGAAAAUCUACAUGCUUGGACAUCACCUUGGUACGCUGUAUCUCAAGCCAGAAUUCUCUAUUUCAUUUCGAUUCUUCCAACGAAACAAACAGUCCAUGCUUUAA